UUAGCUCACAAUACAUGCACUUGUGCACAUUUUCGAUGCCCACGCAAGGGCACGUUUUAUUUUUGUCUGUCAAUCGCUAGGGGACUCCAGCGUGGUGAUGCAUGGACACACACCCUCGCACACACACACUAGGUUAAUGCACUGCUCAGGAUGUUGCAGCCGCAGCAGCCCGUUACAGGCAACAGGCCCAGCGCAAGCCGCGGCCUCGGGUUGAGAGUCCACCCGGGAAUGCAUCCUCUCAACGCGGUGCACCCUCCCUCGCAACACCGGCCCGACGGCGGCGAUCCCGGGGGCCUCGAAGGCACCGAAAACGGACACGACAACCGGCGAGACAUCGGUGAUAUCCUACAGCAGAUCAUGACCAUAACCGACCAAAGUUUAGACGAAGCUCAAGCGAAAAAACACGCUUUAAACUGUCAUCGGAUGAAACCCGCUCUGUUCAGUGUGCUGUGUGAAAUUAAAGAGAAAACAGGCCUUUCCAUGAGAAACGCUCACGAAGAGGAACAUCCGGACCCGCAGCUCGUGCGAUUGGACAACAUGCUGCUAGCCGAAGGCGUUGCCGGCCCGGAAAAGGGGGGCGGAGCUGCUGCCGCAGUCUCUGCGGCGACCAGCUCCGGUGGGAUGUCUCCUGACAGCUCAUUGGAGCACUCCGACUAUAAAAGCAAGUUGAGCCAAAUUCGGACUAUUUACCACACAGAGCUGGAAAAAUAUGAGCAGGCCUGCAGCGAGUUCACCACCCAUGUGAUGAAUCUGCUGAGAGAACAGUCUCGCACGCGGCCCAUCUCUCCCCGCGAGAUCGAGCGCAUGGUGGCCAUCAUCCACCGCAAGUUCAGCUCCAUCCAGACGCAGCUGAAGCAGAGCACCUGCGAAGCCGUCAUGAUACUGCGCUCACGCUUCCUGGAUGCCAGGCGUAAACGGCGUAAUUUUAGCAAACAGGCCACAGAAGGGUUGAACGAGUACUUCUAUUCACAUCUAUCGAACCCUUACCCGAGCGAAGAAGCUAAAGAAGAGCUGGCCAAGACGUGUGGUAUAACUGUGUCUCAGGUGUCCAACUGGUUUGGCAACAAGAGGAUUCGCUAUAAGAAGAACAUCGGCAAGUUCCAGGAGGAGGCCAAUCUAUACGCCAUGAAGACCGCCUUAGGAGCAACACAGAGUGAGGAGUCGCCCCACACUCCUAACUCCACCGGCUCAGGGUCGUUCUCGCUAUCGGGGUCAGCUGACUGCUUCCUCGGUGUUCCACCAAUGAACGGCGAGCAGCCUUCCUAUCACAUGGGUGCUGAGACUAAUGGUAACUGGCAGGAGCAGAACACGCCCCCCUCCGCCGCCUCACCCGGAAGCGAUCACUCCGACAACUCGGACUGAUGAAAUCAACCCUCCACCCUGACGUCUGGCUCAGAUACCGGAGAACAAAAGUGACGACCGAAGAACGAUGGUCACUCUUUUACCCAAUAGCAGUUUUUUCGUUUGUAAUAUUGAGCCUCAUUCGUGAAUCACAACGGAAGGAGUUUAUGUGAAUCACUUUUACGAAACGUUCUAAUUCAGUUCAGUGCGCGCAGAACACGUUUGCGCAAAUCGUUCGUGAAAUCUUUAUUGCGUAAACGUUUGCAUUUAAUUCAUUGCGAGCGGAACGAAAUUCAUUGUGUGAAUAGUUCAGCACUAAUUUACGCAAAAACAGAUUUUAUGGACGACUUGUGAUUCACCGAUGAGGCUGUUCUGCGUUCGGAGCGAGUCUGAGUGCGUUUGUGUGAGAGGAAGAGCUGAAUGCAAAACUGGUUUUUAGUUGCAAUCAUAUAUUUUAUUGUAGUUUUAUUUGUCAGUUUUCACUACAUCACUUUCAAUAUUUGUUACUGCAAUAUCUAGGUGUUGAAAGGGGAACUUUUUAAAGACGCAUUAAGACUGCUUUCAUUAUAGUUCUAUUAUUAAUGUUAUCACUGCUCUGUAUUGUUUAUCAAACGCUCAGAUAGAAUUGGCUUGGGUGACGGGGGCAAUAGAGAAAUCCAAAGAUUGUUUUUGUGUGUGCGCGUGUGUGUGCGUUUCUCUUUUUUACUGGGUUUGUGUAUGUACCAAUACAUGAAUGAGGCGUGUUUGCGUGUCUUUAUUUACCGUUUGAAUGAGUAUAUCAACAGUGCUGUCUUUUCUCUGUACAGUGAAACACCUGUAUUCUCUACCUCUUUUACAAUAAAGACUGUCUGUGUACACAUUCAUCA